CUCCUAUGCUCAGUCAGCUGCAUGAAUGCUCGAAAGUCAUCCUGGAUGGGAGAUUAUCGAUUCUGAUUCUAGUAGUGAUGAAGAAGGAGACAUGGAAGGAGAAGCUAAAAAGAAAGAAGAAAAGACAGAUGAGGAAAAAGCUAAAGAGGUUAUCACGAAAGCAAAAGUUGAAGAUGAUGAAUACAAAACUGAAGAACAAACUUAUUACAGCAUUGCGCAUACUGUUCACGAAAUUGUUUCUGAGCAAGCAUCUAUUAUGGUUAAUGGUAAAUUGAAGGAAUACCAAGUCAAGGGUCUAGAAUGGCUAGUAUCAUUGUUCAACAACAACUUAAACGGUAUCUUGGCCGAUGAGAUGGGUCUUGGUAAAACUAUCCAAACGAUUGCUCUCGUCACAUACUUGAUGGAGAAGAAGAAAGUCAAUGGACCGUUCUUGGUUAUCGUGCCGUUAUCAACUCUCUCGAAUUGGUUGUUGGAAUUCGAGAAAUGGGCCCCCAGCGUGGCCGUGGUCUCCUACAAGGGCUGUCCAGCCGGUCGACGCGCCAUCCAGAGCCAGAUGCGCGCCACCAAAUUCAAUGUCCUUCUCACCACCUACGAAUACGUUAUCAAGGAUAAAGGAGUCCUAGCCAAGUUACCCUGGAAGUACAUGAUCAUCGACGAAGGUCACAGAAUGAAGAACCAUCACUGCAAUGACUCAAGUCCUAAAAACACCCAUUACUUGGCACCACAUCGACUUCUGUUGACCGGAACACCUUUGCAGAAUAAGUUGCCCGAGUUGUGGGCUUUGUUGAACUUCUUGUUGCCCAGUAUCUUCAAAAGUUGCUCCACAUUCGAGCAAUGGUUCAAUGCUCCCUUUGCUACCACAGGAGAAAAGGUGGAAUUGAACGAAGAAGAAACUAUUUUGAUCAUUCGGCGUCUGCACAAAGUGUUACGUCCAUUCUUACUUCGCAGACUUAAAAAAGAAGUCGAGUCUCAACUUCCUGAUAAAGUUGAAUAUAUCAUCAAGUGUGAAAUGUCCGGUUUGCAAAAAGUACUUUACAGGCAUAUGCAAAGUAAAGGCGUUCUGCUUACUGAUGGUUCCGAGAAGGGAAAUAAGGGCAAAGGUGGAGCUAAGGCUCUGAUGAACACCAUUGUCCAGUUGCGUAAACUUUGUAACCAUCCUUUCAUGUUCCAACAUAUCGAAGAGAAGUUUGCUGAUCAUAUGGGAUCUACUGGAAUCACAAAUGGGUAAAUUAUUCCAAUAUUGACCAAAAUUUUUUGUUUCAGGCCUGAUCUGUAUAGAGUUUCUGGUAAAUUUGAAUUGCUCGACAGAAUUUUACCAAAAUUGAAGUCUACUGGACACAGAGUUUUGCUUUUCUGUCAAAUGACACAAUGUAUGACCAUUAUCGAAGAUUAUUUAAUGUGGAGACAAUUCCAUUAUCUAAGAUUGGAUGGUACAACGAAAGCAGAAGAUCGUGGUGACCUUUUAAAGAAAUUCAACGAUCCCAAAUCUGAAUACUUCUUGUUCUUGCUCUCCACUCGUGCUGGUGGUCUCGGUUUGAAUUUACAAUCUGCUGACACCGUUGUCAUCUUUGACUCUGAUUGGAAUCCUCAUCAGGAUUUGCAAGCUCAAGAUCGUGCCCAUCGUAUCGGUCAAAGAAAUGAAGUCAGGGUUUUACGUCUGAUGACAGUCAAUUCUGUCGAGGAAAGAAUUUUGGCUGCAGCCAGGUACAAGUUGAACAUGGACGAAAAAGUCAUCCAAGCCGGUAUGUUCGAUCAGAAAUCAACUGGUUCAGAGCGUCAACAGUUCUUGCAGAGUAUUUUGCAUCAGGACGAAGCUGAUGAAGAGGAGGAAAAUGAAGUGCCGGAUGAUGAAAUGAUAAACUUGAUGAUUUCAAGAUCCGAAGAGGAAUUGGAAAUCUUUAAAAAGAUGGAUGAAAAACGCAAAGAGGAAAACAAAGGUGGCAAGAGUCGUUUGAUUGAAAUUUCAGAGUUGCCGGAGUGGCUGGUUAAGGAAGACGAUGAGGUUGAAAGAUGGACCUAUGAUGAAAAUGAAGAUAGCAUUCUUGGAAGAGGUUCUCGUCAAAGGAAAGAAGUUGAUUACACGGAUAGUUUAACAGAGAAGGAGUGGCUCAAGGCUAUCGAUGAUGGAGCAGAAUAUGAAGAAGAGGAAGAGGAGGAAGAAGAGAAGGAUCUGAAGAAGAAGAAAGGACGUAAACGAAAAAACAGAAGAAAUGAUGAUUCGGAAGGCGAAUCACCAGCUCCCGUCAAACGCAAACGAGGUCCCCAGCCUUCGGGUUCGAGUAGCAAUUCUGGAAAAUCAGCAGAUCAAGUAUUGAGAAAACAGAUGAAGAAGACCAUGAACACUGUCAUCAAAUACACAGACGGUUCGGGAAGAAUUCUGAGUGAACCCUUCAUGAAACUACCGUCCCGCAAGGAGCUGCCACACUACUAUGAAAUAAUUCGUAAGCCAAUGGACAUCAAAAAGAUUAUGCAACGAAUUGAAGAGUAUGCAGAUUUCAACGACUUGGAGAAAGAUUUCACACAGCUUUGCCAAAAUGCCCAAAUCUACAAUGAGGAGGACUCGUGAUUCAUAAAGACAGUGUGGUGCUACAAGCUGUGUUUGCUAACGCUCGACAGAAGUU